CACACGAGCAGCAGCGUGCUCAUUCCGUAGCAGACUACCGCAUCGACCGGACGCGCGUGAUCGAGAACGUUGUUGAAAAGGCAGCACGCCGAACUACCAUAAAAAACGACCAGCUAUCCGUGAAAGCGUACGACGUGUAUGCAGUUUUCCAGUCGAAAUAGUAGCAACAGCGAUUGGGAGAAUCAGUUGGCAGCGGUACUAGCAACCACAACAACCUCAGUGACGAGUCAUUGUUGUCGUCGACGACGGCGUCUAAUCGUUCUAUUGGAGUCAGAGAAUCUGAUCGAAACGAACACUGCGCGAAUUUAGGAUCGACUCGAUUUUGAGACGAAAAACCUAAACGAAAAAGCGGAUUCGAAUCGCGACAAACGUUUCGCACACGCGUUCCGAAAACUGACUCGUCAAUUCCCGCUACAAAGAGAAACUGUCUUGUCAAUCUGGUGAAGGGAGAGCACGCAGUGGUACAACGGAAUUUCUUGGAAAAACUAUCGACGUUUAGCGACGACAGGAACCGUCUGGUUUGAACUUUCCAGAAAAACGGAACGAGAAAGAUAACUGCUAGGUAUAGUGCUAGGUGAAAGAAAAGGAAGACAACUUUCCGCGGAAUAGAAAGAAAGAGAGUGUGUGCUCGGUCACGAGUGCCGGCUAUCGAGAUGGCGUUUAUGAUGCCCGUUAUGAAAAACGAGUGGGACAUUUACAAGACCAACCGCAGUCGUCGAUCUUCCGAGUGUUCCAAUCCUCAGGCCUGUCGCAGUAGAAAGGUUUCGGAAUGUUCAAAAUCCGAGGGUCCAUCGUUGUCUACCUCGCCAGGGUCAGACUUUCUGACAUCGCCGGCUCACCGUUCCGUGCCCCUUACUUCUCGGCAUUUCUCGAGAACGUCCUCGAGGGCGUCUCAAAGCUCGUUGCAAAGUCCGAGCAAGAGUACCGGUUCGUCUCCGCCGAAAACCGGCAGCUCUAACUCUCUGAACAAGUUCCACAAUCGGCUGGUGGACAAGUUGAAAAGGUCGUUGAAAAAGGCCGACGAUACCGCUGAAGAUCAGCGAAACUUGUCGUGAAACAGUCAGGCGGUUUUGGGCCGGCCACCGAUUUCCGGCUCGAAACCGAUCGAGAUCCGACGUACCUCUGCACCCGUUACCACGUCCGCAACGAUCCACGAGGGGGUGGUACGAUCCUGUCCGGAUCCGCCGCCUUCGGCGUGGUAAAACAGCACGACAGCAACAGAAGUGACAACGACAGCAACGGGAAUAGAAUGGAACGAGCCGUAAGAAGAAAAAGUUUCCCGCGAUUCGAUUGCCAGUGACGACGAUGAUGAUCGAUUCUUGCAACAGUGGCAUCUAAUAAGAAGGAGCGAAGGACCACAAGCACCGGGAACGAGCAACAAGAAGGAUCCAGUGAAAGAGGUACAUAAUCACAAUGGAAUUCGUCGUUAUCUACGUUAUCUACGUUGGCGCGUACGUUGGACUGCGUUUAUUUCGCAUUCAUUUCGCGUUCAUUUCGCGUUCAUCUCGCGUUCGUUUCGUACGCGUAUAAUUGCAUAGUUCGUGGCCAGUCGGGGUCGGUAUAGGAUCUUAAUGUCCAGACCUAAAAAGCUAGUUCCUUCAUUGUACAUAUAUUAUUGCGCGUAUAAAAUCUCAGAAACAGCUCAAGCGUUACACGACCUUCGCUUCUUACUAAAAUGACCAAAAUUGUUCACGCUCUGUUCCUUCUCUCUCUCUCUCUCUCUCUCUCUCUCUUUCUCCUUCCUCUAUUUUCUUUCUUUCUCUUUUUGUCUUCCCCCCUUUCUAUUAAAGAUGUAGCUAAAACAAAGUUGUAUUUCGUUCGAGCUUCUUCCCACUUCUUUGGAAUUUAUUUACAAGAUUCUUACUUUCCUUUUAUCAUUCGUGUAACGUCUAGCCAAUCAAAUGGUAACUGUGGUAAAUAUGUUUUUAAAAUAUUAGGGCAAGCAGAAAAAUGGGCUGACUUAUGACGUGGCGUAAGUCGCGUCCGAGUCAAAGGAGUUCCCGUAGAGGUUCUCGCAUACGACAACCGGAAACGCUUGUUUUCAUCGUUAAGAUUACUUGCUGCCUCCAAAGGGAAUGUGCGUGCGUAUAUGCGAAAACUGCGAAAGGGUAUACGAAUGCGCAUUAUAUACACGUACAAUAUAGGUGAGCUAGUGAGAGAACGGAGCCUAAGAAAAGACUUACUUAUUUUAAUCGUAUAUGUGUAUAUAUAUAUACACAUAUAUGCGUACUUAUAUGCGUAAAUAUUUAUUUGACGCUUUCGUUAAACUUCGUCUCGCAUAAAACUUAACGAACACGCAAGCAAAUACUUUGUCUUCGAAACGAUGCACGAAUAUAUAUAUUUUUUUUUAUUUAUAAAACGUUGGUCCCGCACAAAAAUUGCUUAUUUCAAACUUUCUUCCCGAUUGAUCCGUUUCUGAUUUUUUGAGGUUGAACUCCCUGUGGUAUCGUUUCGAGGUGAACGUAUUUGCAAUACAUACGAGACUUAUUUGCUAGUUUAUAUCGCAAAAAGGAUAGAUUUUUUAAAGAAUCCUCGCAGUAUGUAUCCAAGUGUAUCAUAGCGGUUUUCCUUUGUCCCGCGCCCGAGGUACUGGAUUUUGCUGUUUUGAUUAGUCGUUACGAAGCGUUUGUUAAAUUUCUUUAUAGUAUAAUGAUAUAUUAGUUGCGUCGAGAUAAAUGGUCGAGCCUGUUACUUGCUAUAUGUUGAGCAAUCUGUUUGAUACGAAUAAUCCUGGAAUAUAGAAACGAAAGUGUCCUCGAAAAUUGGACGCAGAACGACGUCUUUCCAAGACAUCGAAUGAAAUCCUAGAGAUACUUUUAUGUGCAAUUCUACAAAUACUAAAUUCACGUUUUUUCCUAUCCUUCUCCUCUUUACUUUUAUUCGAUCGUCUCAUACACGAUGGAAGGUAUUGAAAACCAAAGAACGGUAUGAUUGAAACGUCCUGCUGUUUCUUAAAAAAAUUAAAGUUCAUACGGAACUUUAACGACGAUAUAAUUCGAGCAAAGUUACAGCAACGUAUCGUUCCGUUUCAUAAUAAUUGAACAGUAUUUAAUUACGUGUAAGAUAAACAGAAGUUUGUUUUUUAUAUGCGUAAUACGGUGACAUCGUCUGCGUCCAUCUAUAUAUUACCGCAAUUUUCAAUUUUUCGAAUAAGAUGAUCACGCGCUUUCCUUAUCGUUUUGCGAAAUUACGAAGUGGGAGCAAUUAUAUGAUACCGCGUGUAACUCUGUGAUACCGUAAGCUAUAAGGUAGAAUUAUUUUGCAACAAUCAUAUAAAAGAAAAACAAAAAAAUAAAAAAAUGGAGGUAGAAGUUGGGGAAAUGUUAUUGUUACUACGAAAAUUCGUACGAACGCUUCGAUUCUCCGUCAAUCAAUGCGCGUCCUUUGAUAGCAACAGCGACGAGUUCUUUCCUCGUUCAAUAACAAUGUUGAUCCGAACGAGAACAAAGGGUCGAACGAUUUUUCCUUAAUUUUCGAUCGAACAUGUUCUGGGGAUAAUUUAUUUUCUAAAUAGAUAUCGUUCAACAUUAAAUUCUAAAAGAUUAUCAAAUUUGAUAUGAGAAGCACGUCGCCUAAUUUUCAAGACGAUUGUCUGACAGUUUUUCUUCUCUUUGUUUCCUUUCCUUUUUUUCUUUUCUUUUUUUUUGUUCCUUUUUCUUUUCAGUGAAUAUACGGGAUGAACGAGGAAAGAAAGAACGAACGAACGAAGGAAAAGAUCAGAUCCGAUAAGAAUGAAAGGACUAAUUCAGAAAAAUUGCCGUUAUAUGUAAGACUGCUUUAGAGAACAGAAAAACAAUAGAAUUACCGAUCUGAUGUUAAAACGUGGUGCUUGACGAAGUGUUGGGACGCGCGAAGGAUCGAGAACGUUGCACGAACCUUGGCGAAAUUUCGUUCCAUCAUUUCGUUGAUUGAUUUGUACUGAUUAGGAACAAUGGUGUUAUUAGAAUUUAGAGAUUGACGAGAUAAUACGAUCUAUUUAUUACGGCGGCCUCGGACCGCGGAGUAAACGUGGAUUGGAAGCCUUGACCUCCUAUCUUUUUGUAUAUAAUAUUUUUCCCCUUGAUUCGAAAUAUUUACAUAACGUUUAUUACUUUUUAAUUCGAUUUAUAAAACACUUAGCUGUACGUAUCUUAUAGUUUAUCUGUUCCAGCUCGAUCCACUUUCAUUCUACGGUCACAAUGUUCGCGCAACUAUAAAGCUAUAUGAAUAUAUACAAAUAUAUUUAUAUAUAUUUGAAUAUGUACAUACGUAUACAUCGACACACGCACACGCGCUCGUCGCGCGCCUGUUGUGUGCAUAUAUACAUAUACAUUAUUCGACAAUUUGACUAUUUUUUGUAUAACUAUUGCAACUACGUUAUGGUUAUUCGUUAUACCUCACUCGGGACAUUUUGAGCUGAUUUUUAGCGCGUGGCUGAGGAGAUGGAGGUACGAGUCAUGGGGAAACGGUCAGGAGCAAUUUCAUACGAAAGUACAAAUUGAUAGUUUCGGCUUGGAUUGAGCGAUAGAAUCGAACAUAAAUAUCAGAAAAUAAUUUCUAUCGCGUUUAGAGAUAUGCAUGGUGAGCUUUAUGUUGAAACCUAUUACGUACCUUUUACGUAUUUACUUAGGUAUACUUUACGUAUAAUAAAACGGCCUGAAUAACGCUUUUGUAUUAUAAGUAGAAUAUGCUCGCCGUUUCAUAUUUUGUCUAAUAUUUUUGCAGUGUAGAAGUAGAAUUGUCGCUUUGGCGAUUCAAAACGACAUUAUUCGUCGAUAUACAUAGUAUCGUUGAUCCCUCAAUGACUUUCUCCUCAACCAUGACGAUUGAAUGUCACUGCCAAAAUCCCCAGGAUCGCAUAAAAAUAUAACAUCUAUAUACAUACAUGAUAGACUUCACGAGCGGCUGUUGCUUUUUCCGCGGCAACCUGUUCGUUCUUUGCCACCACAAACCUCUAUCAUUCUCUCGCUAUUUUUCGGUCUUAUGUUGUGUAUUUAUUUUUUUUUCUUUUUAUAAAAUAGCAGCUUUUGUUAUUGAAAAGCCCGUAACGCUCGUUCUUCAACGUAACUUCACCAAGAAUGAAAUGUCGGGUACAUUAUCGAGCUUCUUAAUUUCUCAAUAUUUCAAGAUUGAAAAAAGAAGAAAUAACAAAAUAUACGAUACUAAGCGAACGUUUGGAAUUUUUUGUCAAAAACCUGUUAUCAAUCUUUUUUUUUUUCUUGUCCUAUUUUUCUUUUCUGGACGUAUAUACGUACAUGGACGUACAAAAUGGAAAAGAAAGCGAAAUAUGACGGGUGCACAUUCCAUGAAUAUAAUUAUACAUGUAUAAAAUAACGAGUCCGUUAGCGUUUGUUAAGACAUUCGAGUAAGAUAUUACAGGCGAACAUUCAAGAUGAAUAAUAUAUCUAAAGUUUGAAAGCUUACAAUAGACUCGGUUCAUCAUUAUCAUAUAUCGUGAUUUUUAUGUCAUGUUCAAUAAAUGAGUUUCAAAGUA